UAGCCAGUGCAGAAUCUGCACUGCAGAUUCCGUUAUCAUUUGAAAAUUGCAAAUCGAAGUUGUGAUUUGAUUAAAUUAUUUACUUUAACAUAUUUAAACGUACAUAUAUAAGUAUGGCUGAAUUAUCUAAAUCUUAUAUAAAUAGUGACAUUUCAUCAGAAGAGUGUAGUAAAGUCGGUGAAGUAUUAAGAGAAGAGUACAGAAAAUAUUUAAAAAAUACAAUACUGUAUAAUAUACUUCAAGAUCUGGAACAAUCGGUUGAAUUAGAUUUGGAAGUAAGAAGGAAGUUAAAAAAUUGCUUAUUAAAUUCACAAUGUUCUCAAGUUUUGAAUAUUGAAGAUACCAGUUCCACCAUUCUAGGAAUUCAACUGCCAGAAGUGGACUUAUCGUUAGCAGAAACUGAUUAUUUAAAGAUAAAAGUGGAACACAAACUAAAGGAUGCAAUUACUGAUUUGGGAAAAAGUAAUUCAUUUAAUAAAAUACAACAAGAACAUACAUGGGAUUUAUCAAAUGAAGAAAAGGAAGUAAUAAAUUUACAGAAGAAUUUAUUGGAAAAACAAAAAGCAUAUUUUGAUAAUGUGAAAGAAAAACACCAACUUUUAGAAGAAGCAAGGCAAUUAAGACAAGAGAGAUUACCUCAAGCCCUGAAUAUGUGCUGCAGUGAAGCUGAAGCUCAAGUCAACCUAGAUUACCAGAAAUCAAAGAUUUUGAUUCAAAAACUUAAUAUAGAUAUCAUAAAAGAAACUGAACUCUCUCCAAAGGCUUAUGAGCAGUUCUAUAUUGAUUUGCAAAGACAACAAAAUGAAUGUAAAAGUGAUAUUGAAGAAUUACUAAAAAAGAAGAAAAAGUAUGAAUCUCUUGAUUCUAAGCAAUACAAAGAAUAUUUGAAAUCAUAUACACUGUCAUCAAUUGGGAAUAAAAAGUUAUUGAAUAAUUUGGUAUUGUAAGUUAAAAUGUAAUGAUAAAAUUUAUUACACUGUUUGAUUACAAAAUUAUAAUUAUUAAAUAUAUUUAACUUUUGUAUGUUUAUUAUUAAA